UUUGGUCCAUGUUCAUGAGUGAAGCUGCUGCGACAUCAACGAUGCGUUUACAUCAAAUAUCUGCUUUCGUUUUUUUCACCUUUCUUAUGACGAUUGAUGCUACUGGGGACAAAAUACCUCUAGGAGCCAUUUUUGAACAAGGGACAGAUGAAGUACAAACAGCAUUUAAAUUUGCUAUGCUCAAUCAUAAUCAAAAUAUUACCGGAAGACGAUUCGAACUGCAAGCUUACGUAGAUGUCAUCAACACAGCUGAUGCUUUCAAAUUAUCUAGAUUGAUAUGCAAUCAGUUUCAACGGGGAGUAUAUUCAAUGCUGGGAGCUGUAUCACCCGACUCCUUUGAUACCCUUCACUCGUACAGUAACACAUUCCAGAUGCCAUUCGUAACGCCAUGGUUUCCUGAGAAAGUAUUGGCACCCUCGUCUGGAUUUUUGGAUUAUGCCAUAUCUAUGAGACCAGAAUAUCAUCAGGCGAUAAUCGAUACAGUUCGCUAUUACAACUGGGAUAAAAUCAUUUAUUUGUACGACUCUAAUGAUGGACUUCUCAGACUACAGCAGAUUUAUCAAGGUUUGAUACCAGGAAAAGAAAGUUUUCAAGUUUCUUCCGUAAGAAGAAUUGGUAACGCUUCUGAAGCCCUGCAGUUUCUGGGAAGCAUGGAAGAACAAUCACGUUGGGAACACAAGUACAUUGUUCUAGAUUGCACAGCUGAUAUGGCCAAGGAGAUAGUAGUUAGUCAUGUGAGGGAUAUAACUUUAGGGCGGAGGACAUAUCAUUAUCUGCUCUCGGGUUUGGUAAUGGAUGAUAGAUGGGAGAGCGAGGUUAUUGAAUACGGAGCCAUCAAUAUAACAGGAUUCAGAAUAGUAGAUAGUACGAAGAAACAUGUGAAGGAAUUUCUGGAGGAAUGGAAGAAAUUGGAUCCCAUGUCAUCGCAAGGCGCAAAGGAUAAUAUUUCAGCCCAGGCAGCUUUCAUGUACGACGCAGUUUUCGUCCUGGUUGAAGCUUUCAGUAAACUCUUACGAAAAAAACCCGAUGUAUUCAGAAGUACCUUACGAAAAGGUCAAACUUUCAGCAACGGAACUAGAGGAGUAGAUUGCAAUACGCCAGGUGGUUGGGUUACGCCUUGGGAGCACGGAGAUAAAAUUUCCAGAUUAUUGAGAAAGGUGGAACUUGAAGGUCUUACAGGUGAGAUUCGUUUUAGCGAAGAUGGUAGAAGGCAGAACUACACCCUUCAUGUAGUGGAGAUGACAGUUAAUAGCGCUAUGGUUAAAGUAGCUGAGUGGAGUGAUAAUACCGGCUUCACUCCAGUAGCAGCUAAAUAUAUCAGAUUGAAGCCACCACUAACAAUAGAACGAAAUAAGACUUACAUCGUGACAACAAUAGUGGAAGAACCUUAUAUCAUGCUGCGGCAAGCAGAGCCUGGAAAAAUUCUGCAUGGUAAUGAAAGAUUUGAAGGAUACUGCAAGGAUUUGGCUGAUCUCAUAGCCAAAAGGUUGGGAAUAAACUAUGAAUUGAGAAUCGUCAAAGAUGGAAAGUAUGGCACAGAGAAUCCUGAUGUCAAAGGUGGCUGGGAUGGAAUGGUAGGAGAAUUAGUUCGCCAAGAGGCAGAUCUAGCAAUUGCACCAAUGACUAUCACUUCUGAACGAGAACGAGUUAUUGAUUUCACCAAACCAUUCAUGUCCCUAGGUAUUUCUAUUAUGAUCAAGAAACCAAUGAAACAACAGUUAGGUGUAUUCAGUUUCUUGAAUCCAUUCUCGAAGGAAAUAUGGGUUUGUGUUAUAUUCAGCUUUAUCGGAGUGAGCAUCGUCCUGUUUACUGUUUCAAGAUUUUCACCCUACGAAUGGCGCCUUCUUCAUCUGACGGGUGAGCAUCACGAGAUAUCUGGUGUUCAUGGUAGUCAUGGCGGCUCUAUGGCUAAUGACUUCACGAUGAUGAAUUCACUUUGGUUUUCGCUUGGAGCUUUCAUGCAACAAGGAUGCGAUAUAUCUCCUAGAUCAACGUCUGGUAGGAUAGUUGGUGCCGUCUGGUGGUUUUUCACGUUGAUUCUGUUAUCAUCAUACACUGCCAAUUUGGCGGCCUUCCUGACGGUCGAGAGAAUGGUGACGCCAAUCAAUUCUGUCGAGGAUUUGGCACAUCAAAACGAAGUUGAAUAUGGGACAUUGGCCGAUGGAGCUACAUAUGACUUUUUCAAGAGGUCACAAAUAUCACUUUACACCAAGAUGUGGGAAUUUAUGAAUUCGAGAAGUCAUGUUUUUGUUAAAUCGUAUGACGAAGGAAUUAACAGAGUUCGACAGUCUAAAGGAAAAUAUGCUCUCUUGAUAGAAUCUCCAAAAAACGAAUAUAUCAAUCUACAGAAACCAUGCAACACCAUGAAAGUUGGUAGCAAUUUGGAUGCAAAAGGAUUUGGAGUAGCAACUCCGCUAGGAUCUCCUCUAAGGGAUGCUGUCAAUUUGGCGGUUCUUGCAUUAAAAGAAAAUGAGGAACUAACAAAAUUGACGAACAAGUGGUGGUAUGAUCGAUCGCAAUGUUCUAAUGAAAAACAGGAUGCUACAAGAAGUGAACUUUCUCUAAGCAACGUGGCAGGCAUAUUCUAUAUUCUCAUCACUGGACUACUACUGGCAUUAACUGUGGCUCUAAUUGAAUUUUGUUAUAAAUCGCACACAGAAGCCACAAGAGCGAAAAUACCCUUGAGUGAUGCAAUGAAGGCCAAAGCUCGUUUGACGAUCGGGGUAGGAAGAGAUUAUGAUAAUGGAAGAUAUUACACCCCUGCGAAUCAGAUAGCUGGUGGAAAUGAACCAGAACAGGCUCAUAGUAAUACACACACGCAGUUUGUUCGUCUUAAAAGUCACCGAUUUUAUUGAAGUGUAUUCGGGAUAGGAAAUUCAUUCAGAUUCGUUCGGAUAAUGUUAUAAUAAUAUG